UGAAAAUGAAAGUAGGUCGGGUUCGUGAUUCAUAUCAAAAUUUUCUUGAUGGAAGACUGUUUGAGAAAGAAACCCAAAAUUGGGAAAACUGGGGAGGAUGUUGAUGAAAAUAAUUACAUAAUUCAGCAGUUCCAAGAAUAUCAAAAGGAGCUGGACUUCCGUCAUGAUAAACAUGAACGCCUGGUAAAACUAAGUCGAGAUGUCACAAUUGAAAGCAAAAGAGUCAUUUUUCUAAUGCAAAGAAACUCAGGGUCAGAUAAAAAUAAUGAGAAACUGGAGCAGGCAUGGAAAAAGAUUCGAGACAUCCAACAACAGAAGUUUUUACCGAUGGCAAAAGAGCUUCAUGGAGAGGAUCCAUACCAGUUUUUGAGAGCUUAUUCUGCAGGUCUGCAAGAGUACAUCGAAGCUGUAGCCUUUUAUCACUACCUCAAAAGCAAGACACUUGUCAGUUUGGACCAAGUACAGGCAGACUUAAAUUUUAUAGUGCCCUCUAGUGACACAGAGAAUUCUCAGGAGAAGACAAUCAGUGUUCAUGUUCCUCCCUCUGAGUACAUUCUGGGUCUGGCUGAUCUUACAGGGGAACUUAUGAGAUUUGCUAUCAAUAGUGUGGGUUCUGGUGACUUGGACACACCCAACAAUGUUUCUGCUUAUUUACGUAACAUGUUGGGAGGAUUUGAAUCUGUGGGCCAGGUAUCCAGAGAAAUGAACCGUAAGGUCAGCACCUUAAGACAGAGUUUAAGGAAGGUGGAGGCAGCAUGCUAUACUCUACAGAUCCGGGGUUCAGAGAUUCCUAAAGAGAUGCUGAAGGAUGUGUUCAGAUCAGCACCAGUAGGAGAAAUGUCUUACUUAGAUGAGCGAGAUAUUGAUGAUUGAAGAACUUUUAAACAGGACCGGGAGUUUAUGAACUGAGUCUACCAGGGAACUCACUUCUUCUCUUGGUUGCAUUUUCACUUGAUAAAAAAAAAUAAUACUGUUGAAAGACUGUAUGGGCCAAGGCAUUAAUGGCCAAAGAAAACUCAUGUACAUAGUACAGUGAAGAGUAUUUAGUUUCCCUUAUUUCUUGCAACAGGUCCAGUUCUUGUUCAGAUAUUUCAAGGUUCAGGUACUACUGGGUAUAUGUACGAAAGAUGUACAUAUUAUUUGAACUAUGUUAUCUUUCUGCAUAAAAUUGAUCAAUUUGUUAUCACAGAGAGAAAUAAAUAAGAAAGCACUUUUA